AUGGACAAAAUCCACAAACUCAAUGUGGUGCAUCGGUUUGAGAAGCGAAGCUUGCUCGUCGUAAUCAAUUGUAUGGCCGGGCUUUCCGUUCUCUUCUUCGGUUAUGAUCAAGGUAUGAUGGGCGGCGUAAACACAGCAUACGAUUAUUACACUCGCAUGGGCUUCGGUCAUCGAGGCCCGGACGGCGGGCCAGUUGUAGACAACUCACUCCUCCAAGGUGGAAUCGUCUCCAUCUAUUAUCUGGGAACUCUUCUCGGCUGCCUGGUUGGAGGCUCGCUAGGCGAUCGCUUCGGACGCAUCAAAACCGUCUUCGUUGGUGCUCUGGUCGCCCUUAUUGGCGCUUUGCUGCAGUGCUCCGCCAUGGAUCAUGUGUGGAUGAUCUGCGCACGUCUUGUGAACGGCUGGGGAACCGGCAUCCUCAACUCAAUCGUUCCUGUCUGGGCUACGGAGACUGCCGAGCAUAAAUCGCGUGGUCAGUUCAUUGCGAUCGAGUUCACACUCAACAUUUUCGGGGUGGUCAUUGCCUAUUGGCUCGAGUAUGGAUGCUCAUUCUACGGCGACGGCACAUCCUCAUUCAUCUGGCGCUUCCCAGUUGCUUUCCAGGUUGUCAUGCUCUUUGGUCUCUUGGCUGGUGUUCUGUUCUUCCCGGAGUCCCCUCGCUGGCUUGUGAAGGUGGGCAGAGAGGACGAAGCCCGCUACAUUCUCGCCAGACUCCGUGGUAACACUGGUGAAGACGAGAAGAAAGCCGAAGCUGAAUUUCAGGAUAUCGUUGCCUCUUGCGAGUUGGAGCGCACGAACUUCCGCCGACAGACAUACGCUCACAUGCUCUUUGGUGCCGGCUCAGGCAAGCUUCAUACCGGCAGACGCGUUCAGCUGGUCGUCUGGCUUCAGAUCAUGCAAGAAUGGGUUGGCAUCGCUGGUGUCACCAUCUAUGCUCCAACCAUUUUCGGCAUUGCUGGAAUGAGCCCUGCGAAGCGUCAAUGGAUCGCGGGUCUCAACAAUAUCUUUUACAUGUUCUCAACCCUGAUCUGUGUGUUCACGCUUGACAGGAUCGGACGACGCUGGACCUGUUAUUGGGGCUCUGUUGGCCAAGGUAUCGCUAUGGCACUAGCUGGUGGGUUUGCUUACCUUGGUCAAGAAGCCACGAGGAAUGGAGAUAUCAGCAAGGCUUCGAGCUAUGGUAACGCCGCUGUCAGCAUGGUGUUCAUCUUCACCUUCGUCUUUGGCGCCACGUGGUUGACUGUGCCAUGGCUGUACCCAGCGGAGAUCUUUCCUCUCGAGGUCCGAGCCAAAGGGAAUGCAUGGGGUGUUGUGGGUUGGUCUAUCGGUAACGGCUGGCUCACGCUUCUCUGCCCGAUCAUGUUCGAGCAGCUUGGGGAGAAGACCCUUUACAUCUUCGCCGCCUGCAACGCUAUCACCAUUCCUAUGGUUUGGGCACUGUACCCGGAAACAAACCAGCGCACGCUUGAGGAGAUCGACCUACUGUUUGCCUCGGACAGCAUCUGGAACUGGGAGGCUGAAAAGAACUUUGCUAGGUUGAAGCAGCAGGUUGUCGCUGAGGACAUCAGCUCUGACGACCAGACCGAUGUUGAACAAGGGGGAAGCCGCAAGCGAAGUGUAGUCCGUGGCAUGAGCCUGCACAUUGAGGCUGUGCCGGAGACUGAGCAGACACAGAAGGUUGCGAAGAGUGGUUGA